AUGAUGCACGCUGUCGAAAUGUUAAAGCCUGAUGAUCCUCCUUUAAAACGAUCAAAGGAACCAUGCGGGCUAUGGUGUUGUUGUGUAUUCACCAUUGCUUUAUUAAUUAGAUUAUUAUGUUUGGUAGCUGGAGGUGUCCAAACAGCUAUGGGAGGAUAUACAUUUUUCAUGAUAGUAGGAACUAAAGAUAAAAGUGCUGUAAAUAUACUUCAACUUACCGUUAUUGGUAUUUUUGGUCUUAUGACAGGAGUUAUGAUACUUUAUGCAGAAUUGAGAAAUAGAUGGACAAGAAAAUCAUUAAAAGUAUUUAUCUUUUUGUGUAAUGGUUUGGCUAGAGGUUUAGUUUAUAUUUUAGUUGGAUGUAUCAAUAUUCCAAUUCCAUUCAAAGUUAAAUUAGGAAUUGAGAUUACAGCAAUGUAUAUUGGAUUUUUCAUUAUUGGAGCUGGAUUCCUUUCACUCAUAUUCUGGGCAUUCACCUGGAGAAGAAAGAGACUUAUGCAUCGUAACGAUAUCGCUGCACACCAAAUCUCUGAGCACAAGACUCAAAUCUACGAAUUGUUUGAACAAAAACAAACCGCUGAUCCCAAACAACAAAAAGGUGAUGUUGAAAUGAAACCUGUCCAAGAAGCCUAA